UUUUUUUUUUUCCGUCAUAGAUUCUUGUACAUGGUUUAAAUGAACAUUGCAUAUCUAGCCACUGAAAGAUCACAGCUUGUUAAAAAUAGCUUCAAGCCCAUGAAAAUCAUUGCACAUGAGACUCGAGAGCAACGCAACUGAAUGUAAAUUAACGAGUGGAGUGCCAGUUUUCUGAGUGUUAGUUGUGUUCAUCAUCGUCUUCUCUCUGAUUACAAAGUUAUCUUCUACUCUGCUUGAAGAAACCUCAGUGAAUUGGUAAAAUCCCAGACGUUUUGCUCAUCUUGAAUUGUGACACAUACUUGCUUUCAUGGAGUAUUUAAUGAGCUUAUCCACUUUGAAUAUUCAAAUUUGCAUCAAACCCAACAGAAUAUGCCAAGACACGAUGUUCUGUGACUCUGUCAAAUUGUGACUCUGUCUUUGCUACCUGCAAAUAAAUGCUGAAAAUUACAUCGAAAGCUACCUCCAAACAGUUUCUUCUGAAUAAUUGUACAAUGAAAGGUACUACAGAUAUUUCAAUCAUCUGUUCUUAUUUCUUCAAGAAGAAGGUCGUCUCUUUAUCUGCUACUCCAAACCCAAAUCAUGUUCUGUUUCCUCAAUUACAGAUCUUCGCCAGUUUCGUUGCUACUUCUGAUUUCAAUCUUUGGGCUUAGCCGCUCCCAUCAUUUCGAACCAAGAUAUAGGUUCCACAUCUGUUCAGCGCCAAGUAAUAUCACAACCAACUCUAAUCUGGGUUCAGAUCUCAUUGGCAUACUGGGUUCUUUAUCCGAAGCUUCCUCCGACAGCUUCUACAAUAGAACAUUCAAUGGAAUGUACGGCCUCGUACUCUGUCGUGGAGAUAUUUCCAACGAUUACUGUCACAGUUGUGUCAGUACCGCAAGCAGAGAUGUAAGGGAUCGAUGCCCUUUAAGAGUAAACGCCACAAUAUGGUACGAUGAGUGCAUGCUUAGAUACUCAGACAAGAACUUCUUGGGAACUGUAGAGAUCUCCCCGAGAUUCCUCAUGGGCGAUUCAGGGAACCAGACAUCGCCAGAUGAUAGUAAUAUUGAUGGGUCUGCUCUGUUGUCUCAGAUGGCCAGUGAAGCCUCAGUGUUACCGAUGAUGUACAAGGCAAACAAGUUGCAUGGGACUGGCUAUGGAUUGGUUCAGUGCACAAGGGAUCUCAACAGUAGCGCGUGUUGUAAAUGUUUGAUGGCUCUGUUGGAGGAGAUCGGGCAGGUUUACAAAGGGAGAGUGGGGUGGAGAAUUUUGAGCCCAAGUUGUAGCAUAACGUAUGAGAAAUAUCUUUUCUAUUCUCUAUCAGCUUCGCCUCAAGGUGAUUCAAAUCUUAUAAUUUUUUUGUUUCGUUUGCUAAAUUCUUCAACAUCUUAUAAUUUUAUACUAAACCAAGCAGGAUUGAGCGCCAAAGUGAUUGCAGUAAUCAUUAUAUCAACAGUUGCAGCAGUAGCAUUUCUUGCAAGUCUGUUGUAUUGUUUACUUCUGUCAAAGAAGAGAAGACAGCAUCCAGAGAUGGACACAGGUGAACAAGUUCUGUUGCAAAAUUUGGGAGAUGCUAAGUCUGCAGAAUUGAUGAAGCAAGAUUUGCAUUCAAGAGAUGGAGACAAUGAUGAAGAGAUGCAUUACUUCAGUUUCAUCACCCUACAGGCUGCCACAAACAACUUUGCAGAUGCAAAUAGACUUGGAGAAGGCGGGUUUGGCCCGGUUUUCAAGGGAAAGCUGAUGAAUGGGGAAGAAAUAGCUGUAAAAAGACUGUCAGUGAAGUCAAGCCAAGGUCACGAUGAGUUCAAGAAUGAAGUCAUGGUCAUAAUGAAGCUUCAACAUAAAAAUCUGGUCAAGCUUUUGGGAUGCUGUCUGGAGGGAGAGGAAAAGCUCCUUGUCUAUGAGUACAUGGCAAACACUAGUCUAGAUGCCUUAUUAUUUGAUCCAGUUAAAUGCAAACAACUCGAUUGGCUUAAGCGCAACAACAUCAUCAAUGGAGUUGCAAAAGGAAUUCUAUAUCUGCACGAAGACUCUCGGCUCAAAAUCGUUCAUCGGGAUUUAAAAGCUAGCAAUGUGUUGUUGGAUGAUGAGAUGAAUGCAAAGAUAUCAGACUUUGGAACGGCCAGAAUAUUCGGAGGCAAGCAAGUUGAGGCUAGCACCAACAGGGUUGUUGGCACUUUUGGAUACAUGGCACCAGAAUAUGCAAUGGAGGGAGUUUUUUCUGUAAAAUCGGAUGUUUAUAGUUUUGGGAUCUUAAUGCUAGAAGUGAUAAGCGGGAGAAAGAACAGCGGUUUCUUCAAAGUAGACAAUGCACAAAGCCUUCUAUCACAGGCAUGGCAACUAUGGAAGGAAGGCAGAGAAGAGGAAAUGGUUGAUCCGAACCUGGUUGGAGAUUGUUCUUUAAGCGAAGCUCUAAGAUGGAUCCAAAUCGGGCUCCUAUGCGUACAAGAAGACCCUAACAUCAGACCGACCAUGUCAAUGGUCGUUCUAAUGCUUGGAAGCAAAUCGAUUCCUCUUCCUCAACCGUCGAAACCUCCAUUCUUUCCGAUUGGCUUUCCGGCGUCCGCCGGUCAAUCUUCAACGACCUUACUGGGAACGGGGUAUCUCUCUACACAAUCGUCUACCACAGCUUCUAUCUAGUUAUACGGUUGAGUGGGUCCAUGUAGCUCAGAAACUUGCCCAUCGUCUUCUUCCUUGCGCAAGUCCACGGUCUUCUGGAUCUGGACCGUAUUAAACACAAGUCGUGACGGAGUUAGAGCCCAUUUUCUUGUCUGUUGACUCAGUCAUGAUCUUCAACUGUUCAACCACGCUAUGGAAAUUGUUUGCUACGGCAAUUAUUUUACUUUUAAAAUGACCUCUUUUGGUCGUAAAUUUACUUCCUCCCAUACACAUAUAUAAAUUAAAUAAAUAGAAGAUGCACGUGUUAGACGAACACGUGUUUUAUUGGGGAACUAA